GAUGUUUAAAAAAUUAUUCAAACAGUCUGAAACAUUGGUUUUAAUCUGUACUAUAGUGAUGUACUGGUGUUUAUUUUUUAUUAUAUUGUACAAUUAUGAUUGCAGCCUAUAGUUACACACUUAAAAUUCAGAUUAAUGAAUUCAAAAAACAAUAAUGAUAAAAUAUUUUAAAUAAUUAAAUUAAAAACGAAUUGUAAUAUUAUUAUUCAUACAAGUACCUAUCCAUGAAAAUCUCUAAUCUCUAAUCUUCAUGUACCUAUCCAUACUUUUCUUUCGAUGCCCCAUCUCUAAUCACAAAAUAGGUAGAAUAAUAAUUGAUUUUCUUAUCAAUCUUAUGUUUUUAUUGUAUAAUAUUGUCAUUGGGUCUUUUCAUCUUCAUAAGUGGUAGAAACUGACAGAAGUCAAAAAUAAUUUGGAAUUUUUUUCAUAAAGUAUUCAAAUUAAAUCCCAAUAUGGCCCAAGACAAAUUUAACAAGUAUAUACACAUUGCUUUGCCAUGGCACCUAAACCAGUAUUGGUUCAAAAUCGAAACAAGUCUAAGAAUAGCACUUUUAUCAAAAAACUUGAUCGCUGCUUAGUAAUAAAUAAUAAUUUACAAAAGCAAAUUGAAGAGUUAUCGGACAAAAAUAAAGAAUUAUCAAGGACUAGAAAUAGUUUGUUAUUAGAGAAAUUGGCGUUGCAAAAUGAAAAUAACGCUAUUAAAAAUGUAAAUACUCAACUGACUGCUAAGAAAAAUAAUUUGCAUAGAAAACUUAGUGUACUCGAACAAACUAUACAAGAGUGUAUACCUUCAUUGGUAACUAUGUCACAAUGUAUCCCAUCUAUGUUAAAAAAUGUACAUGAGAUGAGUAAAUUUGAAGUCAAAGACUUUAACAAAGAAAUGAAAGAAAAACAGACUAAAACUGUAAGACCUAUGGUCCAUGGUAUGACUAUAAGUCAACCAACUGUUUCAUUAAAACAAUUUGAUAUGUUGCCUAUCAUUGAAAGCCCAAGUUGUAGUUCUGAACCAACACCAGAAAGGCCACAGAGAUCUAGUUAUAGAAGCUCACCUCACUGUAAACUUAAUAUGGAACCUUAUGUAAGAUUAAAAGAUGUUGCCGCUAUGUUGAAAAACUCCAAAGCCGUUGAAAGUCCUAAGCGUCGAUUAAAUGGAAGUUUAGGUGAAGGCCCGAGUUGGUUGAAUACACAAGAAAACCAGAUCCAAUGUUCUAACAACAAUACAAAUGCAACAAUAUAUGUUAAUAAUUCUCCUAAAUUAAUGACACCCAAUGAAGUUCAAGCUGAUGUGCCAAUAAUUGUUUCUCCUUCAAGUAGUAGUAUGGAUAAUACAUUUAAUGAAACUGAAGUACGGCACAGUGGUUUAAUAUCUCCCAUUGAUUCAAGUACGAUGAGAAACAUAACAUUUCGAAAACGUGGUAAACGAUCAAGUGAAACAAGUAUUGCGUCAGAUAUUAAUGAUUCAACCUCUUCAGUAAGAUCUAGUAGAUCUGCAAAAAAAAAGAUCAACUACAAAGAAAAUAGCCUUAGAGAUAAACUCAGGAGAUAAUUAUUUAAAUAAUCAGAAAACCAAUUAAGAAAAUGUAUUUUAAAUGCAAUAGUAUGUACCUAUGUAUUAUAAAAUAUAUAAUUUUUCAUUAUUAUUAAAAAAGAUUUACUUUUUUUUACUUAUUAUGAUUUGGUGCUUGUUAUAAUUUUAAACCACAUAGUAUGAUGUAUAUUUUAUUUGGUUGAAAUAAAUUAAUAAAUGAAAAAUUAUUUUACAAUUAUUUAGUAAAUCUUAAUAAUUAUAACUAGUUUGGAUUUCUGUUUCGUGGAUAAGAAAGUAAAGAAUCUAUAUAAAUAUAAAAGCAACAAGGGAUAAGGAAUACAGUUAGGAAGUGGCGACAGUAAAUUUUAACACACAGCAAAAUCAUCCUCCAUUUAAAUAGUAAUAUGCUAAUAUAUUUGUACAGCAUCAUUAUGUUUGUUUUUUUUUAUUAUAGCUUCAAGUAAACACUAAUAUAGCUCAACAAUUAUUAUAAAAAAUACAUUUAAAAUUAACUAAACAUCAUUAUGUUAUUGAGUACUAUUGUUUUCAUUUAAGUUACUUUAAUUAAAUAAAAUAGUUAUUAAGUUGUAAAAAUGCAUUAAGGUAAAUUACUCUAGAUUUAAUAAAAUAUAAAAUUACAUAAGUAAGCAACAGUAAUACAAAUUCAUAAGUAUUGAAAUAUAAAAUGUUGGUAAAUUAUUUCAUAUUAUUAUGAUUCUUUUUUUGUUAUUAUUUUUUAACAAUAAUUUUUUGAAAAUAUAUGGGUGGCCCUGUUUAAAUAUGACUGAUGUAUGUAACAUUCAUCUCAGUGCUGUACCCAAGAUUUUUUUAUUGGGGGAGGGGGCUACAAUAUUUUAUUACUAGGGC